UUCGUCUCUGGGGUUUGAUUACCUGGGGCAAAUUCCAUGCCAGGGUCCGUUUGCUAUAUUUAAUCAGUUGUCCUCCCGCAACUACCUCUCUCUAUAUCCGUCACUCGCUACUGUCGUUUCGUACUACCUCUGAUCUUUUUUUGUCAAUCGUUUAUUUUCAUCCGCAAUGAAGUUCAGCGUCCUCGCCCUCUCUGCCCUGCUGGCCUUCGCUGCCGCUGAGACUACCACCGCGGAUGCCUCUACCACAACUAGCAACCCAUCGGUCGAGUGUGCUAAGCAGUGUGAACCCACAGACACCUGCUGCAUCGCCAAGUGCUGGAACGUUCCCUGCCCCAGCGACAACCAGGCCAACGACACCAACAGCUGUGUCGCCGCCUGCCCCCAGGGCACCGGGUCGCCCGCCGACGCCCAGAAGUACGCCGACUGCGAGCAGUCCUGCUACAGCUCCCACUUCUGGGGUGGCCACGGUCCCACGGCCACCCAGUCUACCUCGACCAGCACUGCCACCGACGCUACUGCUACCGAGACCAGCUCUGACGCUUCCACCACCGACACUUCCAAGACCUCAGAUAAUGACAAUGACGACAACUCCAGCUCCGGCUCCACCAAUGACUCCUCGGAUGGCACAGCCACUAGCUCCUCAGGCUUCUCAACCGAGACCAACGCCGCCGUCAAGGUUGGUGCCUCAGCCGCUGGCCUGUUCGGUCUGGUCGCUGCUGCUUUUGCUCUGUGAGCGCAUACCCGUAGGUCCUGGGUUUAAUGUUUUGUAAUACUGUAUGGGCGCAGAUCACUGCCUCGGAUCUGGAUCGUCCGGGGUAGCUGUGGACCUGUCAUUUUGUACUUUCUUCCGCCUGUAAUGGUUUGAAUGUGGUUCUGGAGCCUUGUGAAUGAAAAUUGCUUUGAGAUUGUCGAUCUUCUUUGGAUUUGGGUAAUGGUGUGGUUGCGUUGGGAACAUUCUUCGGCA